UUUCAAUUCAGUUUGCUGACCUGCCGAGUCAUAGUGUCUGAGUGAGAAAGGAAAAUAAAAUCGUGAGAACAAGCAAUCUUGGAGACCAAUAACGUAGAAACGAAAAGGAGUCUCAAUUUCUUUUGUUUAGAAGAAGCUUAGCUAUCCUUUAUCAGAUUAUUUAUCAAAAUGGCCGCACUAAAGAACCUGAUUGACGAAGACUGGGGCUCCGAUGUGGAGAUCAUCGAGGUGCCGGAGCCCAUUCCGAUUGAAAUCUCCUCCGACGAAGAGGGUCCAAGUCCGAAUCUGGACGAUCAGAGAAAGAGGAAGUCUUCGAGCGAAGAGGCCGAGGAUUCUGAGGAGGACGAGGAUCUUCUGGAUGAGUCAUCAAUCAAGGUGGAGGCCGUCUCCUCGGACGAAGAUGAUCGUCCGAAUAGGUGCUGGUAUACCAGCAAAGGGGUGAAGGUGGAGUCUUUCUGGGAGUUCUUUAGCACCCAGCCCCCCGUUGACCUCAAGGUCAAAGUGAAGGAGGAGAAGCCGGAGAAGGAGCCGAAGGAUCUUCUGCGCGUGGGCAUCUGGCGACCGCCAACCUACAGAGAGCGCCACAGCGUCGAGUUCAACAACGGAUGGUGGACCCACAAAUACACGACCCAGGCCGAGUGGACCGAUGUCAACUCCCCCUUCCUUCCGGACUCAAAAGCGAAUAACCAAGUAGCACAAGUGGAGGUGGCUGGACCAUCGCCUGUGGCUGGCGAAGGAGCACCUCUAACGAGCGGUGGGGAGGAUCUGCCACCGCAGAUCUUUUGGGCUGCUGUGCCGGACAACGAGUGGCCAGCCUACAUCAUGAGCCUGUUCACCAAUCAGCAGGGACACAGCAACGGCAGCUGGGAGGAGCACAUGACCAUCGACGGUCGCAACUACUAUGUGCAGUUCGAGAAGCACGAGUUCAACGUCUGGCUGUACCAGGGUUAUUAGGGAAUCCAGUUGAAGUCCCAUCACUUCCAUCAUAAUUUGGUAGUACGAUAAAUAAAGGUAUUUAUCUCCAAAGGGAAAUAAAUAAAAUAAAUAAAA